AUGUUCUGUAAAAUGGUUUCCAAGCUGACAUCCCUGCAGCAGGAGCUGCUCAGCGCGCUGCUGGACUCAGGAGUCACCAAAGCCGUCCUGAUCCAGGCCCUGGACGACCUGGACCCCAACCCGCCGGCCUUCGGAGUGAAGCUGGAGAGCCUGCCGCUGUCCCCCGACCAGGCGCACGGCGCCAACAUGAGCGGGCCCGGCACGAGCGCAGGGGGCGCGGGCGCGAGCGCCAAGCCCGUCUACCACACGCUCACCAACGGCCACGGCAAGUCCAAGCUGUCCGGGGACGAGGGCUCCGACGACGGCGACGACUACGACACGCCGCCGAUCCUGAAGGAGCUGCAGUCCCUGAACACGGAGGAGGCCGCGGAGCAGCGGGCGGAGAUCGAGCGCAUGCUGGCAGAGGAUCCGUGGCGUGCUGCCCGCAUGAUCAAAGGUUACAUGCAGCAACACAACAUCCCCCAAAGGGAGGUGGUGGACAUCACGGGGCUGAACCAGUCUCACCUCUCCCAGCACCUCAACAAGGGCACGCCCAUGAAAACACAGAAGCGAGCGGCGCUCUACACCUGGUAUGUCAGGAAGCAGCGGGAGAUUCUGCGACAGUUCAACGAGAUAGCGCAAGGUCCAGGAGACACCAUGGCAGACAAGGUCAACCAGGACCCGACCUUUUUCUUCCCAGAGUACAACCAGUCGGGCCAGAUGGGCCAGCCCAGCGAGGAGCUGGGCACCGAGCCCACCUACAAGAAGAUGAGACGCAACCGUUUCAAGUGGGGGCCGGCGUCCCAGCAGAUCCUGUACCAGGCCUACGACCGGCAGAAGAACCCCAGCAAGGAGGAGAGGGAGGCUCUGGUGGAGGAGUGCAACAGGGCCGAGUGCCUCCAGAGGGGCGUCUCCCCCUCCAAGGCUCAGGGCCUGGGCUCCAACCUGGUCACCGAGGUGCGAGUGUACAACUGGUUCGCCAACCGGCGCAAAGAGGAGGCCUUCCGGCAGAAGCUGGCCAUGGACGCCAUCAGCACCCCGGGCCAGGGGAUGAACGCCAUGCUGUCGCACGACUCGCCGCACGACCAGCAGAACAGCGUCUCGCCUCCCAGUAAGUCGCCACUGCGUUACAGCCAAGGCGAGGCGGGCGCCUCCUCCGCCAUCAGCCACCACGGCAGCAGCGCCAUGGCCAGCGGCCAGUCGGUGCUCCAGCAGGUGUCUCCUGGAGGUCUGGACCACGGCCACGGCCUGCUGGCAUCUGACAAGAUGAUGUCCGGAUCGGGCGGAGGACUUCCUCCGGUCAGCACUCUGACCAGCCUCCACAGCUCCCACCACGGCCACCAGCAGGCGCAGAACCUCAUCAUGCCGCUGUCUGGAGUCAUGGCCAUCGCGCAGAGUCAGUGCAGCCUCGCGCCGUAUCCCUGCUUCCCCCCGCUGCCUCCUGACCUGACGUCUCGUCCUGCCUCAGCAGGCCUGAGCUCGUCCCAGUCCCAGACGGUGCCGGUGAUCAACAGCGUGGCGGGAAGCCUGGCGGCGCUGCAGCCGGUGCCGUUCUCCCAGCAGCUGCACAGCCCCCACCAGCAGGGCCUGAUGCAGCAGUCUCCCAGCCACAUGAGCCAGCAGCCCUUCAUGGCCGCCGUCUCUCACUCUCACAUGUAUCCUCACAAGCAGGAGCCGCCGCAGUACUCCCACUCCUCCCGCUUCCCCCCGGCCAUGGUGGUCACAGAUGGCAACAGCCUCGGCUCGCUGGGCUCCAAGUCGGAUGCUCCUGUAAGCAAGAUGGUGCAGCUCGGGGGUCUCUCCUGGUGUCCUCUCCAGGCCUGGUGAGAGCGUCCGGCCACCUGACCUCCCCGGCGCCCGGCAACCAGCGCACAUUUUUCCACCCUCUCGGUGCGGUAACCAUGACAACUGUUAAUAACCCGCAACGGCGCGCUGGAUGAUGAGUCAGUCAACAAACACGGAGGAGCGACGGCGGCGGGGAAGGCAGGUGGAGAUGAGAAAUGAGAGCGGGCAGAAAAACAAGAGGAGAGGGCCUCGCUGCACCUGAGAGGGAGGCGUGUGGCCCGGCCUUCUCCCCGGCCCGCCGCAACACACGAUCAAUAAGGAUGAUUGAUUUUACCACAAGCUUUAAAAACAGUAUUCCUUUUUUUUUUACGCAAACCCUCUCUGGACGUGUGGCCGUCGUCUGCCGCGACGCCACAAAAGAACAAAACCAAAAUCAAACCGAGCCCCCGGAGCUGCCGGAGAGCUCCGCGCAUCGGAACGGGCGCUCUGUGAAAACUGUGAUUCUGGGCGGGAAUGUGAAGACCCGCCUCUGGCAAGACCGGCCACCGCCCGGGCUCCCGGCGAACCCCCUCACCCCCGCGCCACGCGACAAUCACCCACACAGCCUUCACGGACUGGCGCUCUUCCUGAGCUUUAAAGGAGUCUUCCAUGUUCUUCUCUCACUCUGGGUUUACUGUGCUAGCAUUAGAGCGGGCGGCGAGCGGCGCCCCGUCGCCCGGAGAUGUCUAAUGUGUCUACUGUGAUUGAAACGCCUUUGACAAUCCUUGAGAGACUAUGCAACGCCGUGUAUCGCUGGGUCCGGCACCAAACUCCACACACUCGCGGCUGCGAGUGGAAAUGCACUAUCGGCGCGCUCCUGUCGAGUCACGCUGACCAAUCUGUUCGCUCAGUCCGUCCUCAGCUGGGAUCAGACCGAGUCGCACGCCGU